CAACUUGCAAGAAGUUACGUUCAGAGUGAGGCUUUGAGAGAACUAUAUCAAGGCGAGGAAGGAGAGACAAAUACAUGUUCUUAGAAUUGUGUUUUUACAUGAAAAUUCUUGCUUUACAUUACUAAUUGUAACUAUGGCCGACAGUAAUGAUGUUGAAAUGGCUGCUACACAGCCAACUGGUGAUCAAACUGCUUCUAGGUCGAAAUAUGAUCUUAUGUACGAUCCAAAACGAGACACCGCAAAAGACGUAAGAAAUGCUAUGUUAGUCGUCGCUGCCCUUAUUUCUGCGGCAACCUUCGCAGCGGGAAUAAACCCUCCAGGCGGGGUUUGGCAAGGCGAUAUCGAAAAUUCCACUCAACACUCUUCCGGUAAGUCGGUUUUAGGUACGAAUAGUGCACCUGCUUACAAAGUCUUCUAUUUCUUGAACGCCGUAGCUUUCUCGUCAGCAAACGUGGUGAUUAGCAAUCUUGUAUAUAGAUUUCCAUAUUAUCCGGAAAUAUGGGCUGCUAUGGUUUCUAUGUCGGGAACCUACGGUGUUUCGGUUGCUGCCGUAAGUCCCCCUGGAGAUGCUUUCUACGGUCGGUUCAUAUGGUUUGCCAUCGCCGUUCCUUAUAUUAUAAGGAUUAUUGUUCACUAUUGGAAGAAAUGGUGUGCAAAUUGAUCAAGGAGUCACUAGUAAAACUAAGUCUAUCGGUAGGCUUCUUAGGUUUGUGUAAAUGAACUUGGAAGCUGGAUUUGUGUAAAAUCCUGCAUGCAUACAUGCGUUUGUUUUCACCUUAAUCAGAAGAACGUUAGCCUUCUACAGGCUAGGCAGAUCGAUCUUUCUGCUGUGCCCCCCUCUGGGACGUGGCUUGUAUUGCAGUAUUUCUCUUCUCUUGUAGUCCCAUGUAAUCUUUUUUAUUAAUAAAUAUUUUAUUUCCACAGCCAAAGAAUUCAGAAGAAUGUUGUAAAAAUAAUCUUCAAAGGGCUUGACUUGUUUCUAUAGGGGUCUUGACUCUUGAAGUUGUAAAUUAAAUUUUGAAACAUUGUAAGCUUCGUGGAUGCAAUGCCAAAUUUAGUUGGCAGCUGACGGCUUCAGGCUAGAAGGUCCUCAUCGGGUUUACUGUGGAGUGUGGACAC